GAAGGAGAACUGGUGAGCGGCAGAAGACAGGGAUGCUCUCGAGUUGAUAAGUGUGGAGUACCCUGAGUUGAUGCCUGUGCUGCAAGGUUGCUGUACGAUUACUACAAAACCAUUCUACAUACCUAGGUAUCUCUAUAUCACCUGCUCUGUUGCGAACAUAGCUACGACAACCAAUCAUGGCGACAACGACGGUAACGGCGCAUCCAAUGGAAACAACCAAUAGCACAGACUCUGAUCGCAUUGUCAAAGAGCCACACCUCGCUCAUACAUCAACAAACAUCUCGAUCAGCCCGGAGCUAUUUGAGAAACUGUAUCUCGCACCAAAAACACCGCACGCAAACGACCGCGUGGGAAGAUAUGCCAACGCAACGCCCUUGGGUUUCCUGGGAUUCGUCAUUUCAACCUUCACCUUCUCCAUGGUACUAAUGGGCUGGGGAGGUGCCGCUGGCAUGCAAGCUGUCGUCGGCAUAUUCUUCUUCACCGGCCCCGUCCUCCUCAUUCUCUCCACAAUCUUUCUCUGGAUCCAAGCUCAAUUCUUUCCUAUGAUGGUAUGCGGUCUCUUCGCCGUCUUCUGGCUAUCGUUUGGCAUGUUGCAAUUGCCCACGCUGGGUCUCGCAGCAGCGUACUCACCCACCGGCGAUGCGGCAGCAGGGGCGGUAAGCAAAGAGAUGAACGCUGUCAUUGCGUUGUAUUUGCUUGUUUGGGGUUUUGCGUUGGCGACAUUCUGGCUGUUUACCAUCCGGAUCAACAUGGUCUUUGCGGGCAUCUUUGGGUUUGUGACGAUAGGCGCUUGGGUGCUGAGUGGUGCUUAUUGGGCGCUGAGUACGGGGGAUUUUGAUAAGGCGCUGAAGCUGCAGAAGGCCGGUGGAGCGCUGCUCUUCAUAGUUGGCUUGCUGGGUUGGUACAUGCUCUUCGUCAUCAUGGCUGCGGAGAUGCGCUGGUCUGUGUGCCCGCCUGUUGGCGAUCUCAGCAAAUACUGGGCGAAGACGGAUGUUGAGAUUGGUGCAAAUGCAAGCGAGAAGAAGGAUUGAACAUCAGUCAUGCCUUUUGAGAGCGACUCCUGUGUAUUGUAAUCGCGUGGUAAUAUCUUGUAUGUCAUUGCGAAUAUGGAACUCUUAACC